AUGACGGCCACAGCUCCUCCAGGCGCGAAUCGACGCCAGUCAGCUCGACAGGCACGCACAAGCUCUACAAGGCCGACCAACUACUAUGCCCGUCCCUUUGGCCCCCGGGGCUCCCUUCAGCGCGCACCGGACAGCAGAGCCCACAAUGACAAUGCGCCCGGCUUCUUCCCAGCGCUCACGCACUUCACCGACGCGGUGGAUGCGCUGCCGAAGGAGGUGAUGAGACACAUCUCCAUGCUCAAAGAAGUCGAGGCGAAACUGGCCGCGCCCAACGAGGAGCUCAAGACGCUGUGCGAGACCGUAGAACGCCAAACGCCUGUGCCGCGAUUCUCGGUGGAGGAGUACACACAGAGCCUGCCCAACACCGCAAAUAACAGCGUGAGCGGCAGUGUCGACGGCGGCGCCAUGCAGAGCAGCACCAUGCUGUACUACGAGAAGGCAGCCGAGGUGUUAAACGACCCAGCGCAGGCCUCACAGCUCACCCAGGAGCAACUAGACGUCCACCGCAACAUUCUGAACUUUGUCAACCUCCAGGCCACCAUGGCGCGCUCGUUCGUGAUUCAGGCUCUCGAAGAGAAGAACUCCGUCCUCCUGACUGCGAACAAGACGCUUGAGAAGCAGCUGGCGCGGAUGGAAAGCUCGUACCCGUACAUCGCAACCGAGAUCAGCGAGGAGGCGCGCUUCGGAAGCAUGACACACUGGGCAUACGCAGACAAGGAGGAGAAGCGGAAGACGGCCGCUACCAGUGAGCGCACGCGGCGGGACGUCGCAGCCGCCAACAAUCUGGCGGCGGCGGCAGCAGCGGUGCACGAGGGCGACAUGGCAGCGUCAAGGAGCGAAGCACGGAGGGAAGCGAUGAUGGCGAACAAGCGCAGCCGCCAGCAGCACGUCGAUUCGGACUUUGACGACACGCGACCGGCGACGAAGAAGGCGCCUGCUGUCCACAGAGGCCGCAAGGAGGCGACAGACCCGAAGGUCUUUGGUCUUGGUAUAACAAACGGCGUCAAUCAGGCGAACAAGCGGCGAAAGACGGAGAAGGCAGCAGCGCCGGCGAUGGAGCGAUCCAUUAGCGGAGCGUUGAAAAGUGCCGCAGCUGGCGGAGCAAGUCCUCGAGAAACGCCCGGAGCGGACAGCGUAAGGAAAAGAGCGCGGGCAGCACCAGCGCCUGCUCCAGGGCGCAAACGAAGCGGCCUUCCAACCGCCCAAUCCCCACCCCCAGCCUCCUCUCCCCUCACCGCCGCCUUCCCAGCACCCCGCGACACCAUCAGCGCAGCCCAGCGCCCCCAAUCCUCGCGCAUCCGCCAGAACUCCGCUGCGAAUUCCAUCCACUCCAUCGCCGCCGCCGAGACCAACACCACUACGAACAACAACAGCCGCGCGCGCCCCUCGUCCGCAGCCUCAAACAAACCAUUCAAUGGCGCGCGAACUCUGCCACAAGAUCUCGAUCCCGCGGCCAACCGCCCCCUGCCCGAGAGCCUGGCGCACAUCACCACAGCGCAAGACGCCCUCGCCGCUGAUUUCGCAGCCCGCAGCGUCCCGCCCCCUAGUAACAGCACGGACAAUCACAACCCCAACAGCAGCACACAGCAAAACCCACACCUCAAGCACGAAGAUACUGACCUCGCCCCCUCAGCCCCAGCCACAGCGCCCACGAUAGAAUCCCCCUCGGAGCCCUCCUCUACCUCCAUGCUGGGAGCCACAGCCCCAGCGGCACCUCCAAUGACAACCCGUGCCUCCGCCGGCCGCGCCAGCAAAACCGCGACACCACUGACAGCGAGUUUCCCGGAUGUGCCGAUUGUGCGGCAGCGGAGCACGCGGAACCGCGACCGCGACCGGCCGGGCAGAGACGCGAGUUCGGAGAGUACGAGUAACGUCGCGCUCGAGGCUGGCAAUGUCGCGACUACGGCUACACUGCUCUCGAGCACCGGGAAACGCUCGCAUAAGAAGGGCGCUGGGAUCGCUGCUACGGCGGCGGCCGCCGCCUCGGCGACUACCACGGCUGCGAUGGCGACGAGGAAGCACGGCAACAGUGGUGGGAAUAGCAGAGGCAACAGCAGACAUGCUAGCAGCGAAGAUGACGCGCAAGCAGCGGCGCUAUCAAGCGCAGAUGCGGAAGCAGAAGCCGAAGCCGAGGCCGCGGAUGAAGACGAAGUCGACGAAGACGGCAACGAGCCGCGGUAUUGCUACUGCAACGGUGUGAGCUAUGGGGAUAUGGUGGCGUGCGACAACGAGGAAUGUGAGAGGGAGUGGUUCCAUCUUGCUUGUGUGGGGAUGACGAGGGCGCCGGGGCGGAAUAGUGAGUCUCUUCUCAGCGGAAGUUGUUAG